CUCCCCAAACUCCUUUCCAUGGCGGAGAGCAACAAGUACUUGUUACCGGAGCGGCGGCAGCCCAGCCGGUUGCAGCGGCGAGCGCCGUCGUCGAUACAGAUAAACCGCGCCGCCGCCGCGCAUUGGAACGUGGCGAUACCGCUGCUGUCGCCGUUGGUUUCGUCGCCGGAAUCCAGCAAUAAUUUGACGGCGGCGAUUAAUUUGUACUCUAAUUCUAGUAGUAAUAAGAAGGACGAGGUAGCUAGGAAAGAGCCGGAGAAGGCGCCGGGGCCGGCGCCGGCGGUGUUGAAGAGGUGGCAACACCCGGCGAUGCCGUUUUGCCAAGAGCAGGCUCCUCCUUUCGUGCCGUUUGUACAGCAUACGCUGAUUGAUUAUCAAAAGUUUUAGUUUUUAGUUUUCAAAAAAAAAAAAAAGUUUUAGUUUUUAUAUUUUCAGUUAUAAUUUUGAUGGAUAUAUAUAUAUAUAUAUAUAGUUUGUGUUCAUAUUUUCCCAACUUUGGCCUUUUUUGUAUUGAAUUUGGGUGGAUGAACAUUUGAACCA